UUGUUUCGCUCGUGUUUUUAGCGUGGUGGGGUGGAAGGGAGUAAUUCUCCUCCACUAGUGUCUGGAUAAAGAAAGACUAGGUCAGCCAUGUGGAUGCGUCUGUUGAACAGCUGAAGAGGGGAGGGGGGUUGCCGAGACCGAUGGAGUGAUAGGUAGAACGUGGAGUGUGUGCACACGAAGGGGGGGAGAGCAAGGGGGAUAACGCGCGCGUGUAUGUGUGUGGAAAAAGGAAGAGGAGCAUGUAAACGGCGAACUCACUGAUUUGCUAUCCCUCGAACUAACAGCGCGAUAUACUUUUCACGUUUGCACCGUAGGACGACACAAGACGGCGAAAUGGAAUAGAACAAAAACGGGCGCUUUUCGAAUAGCGUGCCCUGACGAUUCGUACGCGAAUAAGAAGUGAAACCUCGUCUUUUGUUGUGUCAAGUGUUCAUCUCGCUCCGCACGAGCAGCGGCUUUCCCCCCCACUUCCAGGGAUAGACUGUUCAAAUCGCUGAAUCCCGCUGCUGGGACUCGAUCCAGGACUACAAGUUCUUUGGGUCGUCUGGGGCAAGGAUACGUGUUGAAGUUGUUUGCAGCAGGGGUUGGAACUCUAGAAUCACCAGACUGGCGGCUUUUCCGGAACACUGGGGUUGUUGGUGUGGCCAAAUUUUCCCUGGAUUUGACUUUUAAAUUCAGAAGACUGAAGCCCAGGCUCACAGUCUACCUUUCACGGAGGCCCAGCCGUGAGAGGACAGAGGAAGGCACGUGGCGGAUCAUGACGUCCGACAAAGACAAGGAGCGAGAGAAGGAGCGAGACAGGGACCGGGACCGUGACAAGCGCGAGGCCGGCGGCGGCGGAGGCAGCGGCGGCGGAGGCGGCGGCAAGUCGCGGAGACACGACGGCGACCGCGGCGAGGGCGAGAGCUCACGGCCGCGACGCAGCUGCACAUUGGAAGGUGGCGCAAAAAACUACGCCGAGAGCGACCACAGCGAGGACGAGGACAACGAAAACGGGAUCAACGGGGCCGGCAGCGGCACAGCGGAGGACGGGGGCAAGAAGGGCAAAAAGAAGACGCCCAAGAAGAAGUCCCGGUACGAGCGCACCGAGAACGGCGAGAUCACGUCCUUCAUCACCGAAGACGACGUUGUUUACAGACCCGGCGAUUGUGUGUAUAUUGAGAGUCGACGGUCCAACACUCCCUACUUUAUAUGUAGCAUUCAGGACUUUAAGCUGAGCAAACGGGACCAUCUGCUAAUGAGCGUGAAGUGGUACUACCGCCAAUCAGAGGUCCCCGACUCUGUCUACCAGCACCUGGUGCAGGAUCGGAACAACGAGAACGACUCUGGUCGGGAGCUGGUCAUCACCGAUCCAGUUGUCAAGAGUCGAGAACUCUUUAUCUCGGACUAUGUGGACACGUACCACGCUGCUGCACUCAGGGGAAAAUGCAACAUUGCCCAUUUCUCUGAUAUCUUUGCUGCACGGGAGUUCAAAGCCCGCAUGGACUCCUUCUUCUACAUCCUCGGAUAUAACCCAGAGACCAGGCGACUGAACAGCACUCAAGGGGAAAUAAGAGUGGGCCCCAGUCAUCAAGCCAAGCUCCCGGAGCUGCAGCCAUUCCCCUCUCCCGGCGGCCAGGCUGUGACCGAAAAUGAGGAGCUGGUCUGGAUGCCGGGGGUCAACGACUGUGACCUCCUCAUGUACCUCAGAGCCGCAAGGAGCAUGGCUGCUUUCGCAGGAAUGUGCGACGGAGGCUCAACAGAAGACGGGUGUCUGGCAGCGUCUCGAGAUGACACUACACUUAAUGCACUUAACACUCUCCACGAGAGCAGCUACGAUGCCGGCAAGGCUCUUCAGCGGUUGGUCAAGAAGCCCGUACCCAAACUCAUAGAGAAGUGCUGGUCCGAGGACGAAGUGAAACGCUUCAUUAAAGGCUUGAGACAGUUUGGCAAGAACUUCUUCAGGAUCAGGAAAGAGCUUCUUCCCAACAAAGAAACGGGGGAACUAAUCACCUUCUACUACUAUUGGAAGAAGACCCCAGAGGCGGCCAGCUCCCGAGCCCACCGCCGACACCGUCGCCAGCCCGUCUUCCGGCGCAUCAAGACACGCACUGCCUCCACCCCCGUCAACACGCCGUCAAGACCCCCCUCCAGCGAGUUCUUGGACCUCAGCUCAGCCAGUGAAGAUGAUUUUGACAGCGAAGACAGCGAGCAGGAGCUGAAGGGCUACGCCUGCCGACACUGUUUUAGCACCAACUCCAAAGACUGGCACCACGGGGGCCGGGAGAACAUCCUGCUGUGCACUGACUGCCGCAUCCACUUCAAGAAGUACGGCGAGCUGCCGCCCAUCGAGAAGCCCGUGGACCCUCCGCCCUUCAUGUUCAAACCUGUCAAAGAGGAAGAGGAUGGACUCAGCGGGAAGCAUAGCAUGAGGACCCGACGGAACCGCGGCUCGAUGUCGACGCUACGCAGUGGUCGUAAGAAGCAGACGGGCAGCCCCGAUGGCCGCGCCUCGCCCACCAACGAGGACCUCCGCUCCAGCGGCCGCACCUCUCCCAGCGCUGCCAGCACAGACAGCACGGACAGCAAGAUGGACCCCAUGAAGAAGACCAGCAAGAAGAUCAAGGACGAGGCACCUUCACCCAUGAAGAGUGUCAAGCGACAGAGAGAGAAGGGUGCGUCCGACACGGAAGAACCCGACCGGGCCGGCCCCAAAAAGUCAAAGACACAGGAGCUGAGCCGACCGGACUCGCCGUCAGAGUGCGAGGGGGAGGGCGAGGGCGAGAGCUCGGACAGCCGCAGCGUCAACGAGGAGCUGAGCAGUGACCCCAAAGACAUUGACCAGGACAACCGCAGCUCCUCGCCCAGCAUCCCCAGCCCCCGCGACAACGAGAGCGACUCGGACUCGUCCGCCCAGCAGCAGCAGCAGCUCCAGCUCCAGCUCCUACAACAACAACAACAACAGCAGCAGCAGCAGCAGCAGCAGCAGCUCCUGCAGGCCCAGCAGCACCCUCCAGUCAUCCACUGUCAGCCGGGCACCUCCUCAGCCCCCGCGCCCCCCACGUCCUCGGCCCCCCUCAUCCCCCUGCCGCUCCCCCCUACAGCGGCCUCGGCCUCCUCUCUACCUCCCCAGCUUCACCCGCAGGCUGGCCCUCUGUCUCUCAUCCAACCGGGGGGCGCCCUCCAUCCUCAGAGGCUGCCGUCUCCUCACUCCCCUCUGACUCAGCCUCCGGGCCCCCCCCAGUCGUUACCCGGCUCGCACCACGGGCCCAUGCCCCCCAUGUCUCACCCUCUUCAGGCGGGCCCCUCUGGACACAUGCCCCACCCUCCUCAGGGCUUCUCCCCCAUGGGCCAGCCUCAGCUGCCGCCUUCCUCCAUCGCCAGCCAAUCGCAACCGCGGUCCCACACGCCCCCGUCCUCCUCCCAGGGCAUGGGCCAGCCCCCCCGGGAGCAGCCGCUGCUCCCCGCCCCCAUGUCCAUGCCCCACAUCAAGCCCCCGCCCACCACCCCCAUCCCGCAGAUGGCGAACCCCCAGUCCCACAAACACCCGCCCCACCUCUCGGCCCCUCCCUUCCCCCAGAUGCCCUCCAACCUGCCCCCUCCGCCCGCCCUCAAGCCCCUCAGCUCGCUGUCCACCCACCACCCGCCCUCGGCGCACCCGCCCCCCCUGCAGCUCAUGCCUCAGGGCCAGCAGCUGCACCCCCCUCCGGCCCAGCCCCCCAUCCUCACCCAGUCCCAGAGCCUCCUCUCGUCGUCCUGCCACCAGGCCCCCUCACAGCCGCCCCCCCUGCCGCCGUCGUCGGCCGCUGCUGCUGCACCCCCCGGCUGUGGCCCCCUGCAGUCGCCCUUCCCGUCCCACCCCCCUCACCCCCCUCACUCUCAUCCCUCCCUGCCCUUCAGCCCUACCCUGGCCCCCGCCGGCCCUCCCCCAGCCUCGACGAAUCCCAUGGAGCGCUGUCAGCCUCCCUCCGCCGCCUCUUCCUCCUCGUCAUCGUCGUCUUCCGCCCCCUCGUCUUCGUCCAUCUCCAUGCCCCUCCCCGCGUCCGCCUCCUGCACCAGCGGCGGGCCCCCGCUGCAGGCCGUGCACAUCAAGGAGGAGCCCCUGGACGAGAUGGAGGAGCCCGAGAGCCCGCCUCCGCCGCAGAGAAGCCCCUCCCCCGAGCCCACUGUCGUCAACACUCCCAGCCACGCCAGCCAAUCGGCGAGGUUUUACAAGCACCUGGACCGAGGCUACAACUCGUGUUCUAGGACAGACUUGUACUUCACUCCGAUGGCUUCCUCCAAGCUGGCCAAGAAACGAGAGGAGGCUCUGGAGAAAGCCAAGAGGGACGCGGAGCAGAAGAUCCGGGAGGAGAAGGAGAAGGAGAGAGAGCGAGAGAAGGAGCGGGACAGAGAACGGGAACGAGAAAAGGAGGCGGAGAGAGCAGCGAAAGCCUCCAGCUCUCACGACAACCGAAUGGGCGACCUCCAGAUGGGGGGCCAAGGCCACGGGCGCCCCUCCUUCGAGGGGCCCCCCACCACCAUCGCCGCCGUGCCGCCCUACAUCGGCCCGGACACGCCCGCCCUGCGCACCCUCAGCGAGUACGCCCGCCCCCACGUCAUGUCGCCCACCAACCGCAACCACCCCUUCUUCGUGUCGCUCAACCCCAACGACCCCCUGCUGGCCUACCACAUGUACAACGCCGACCCCGGCAUGAGGGAGCGCGAGCACCGGGAGCGCGAGAUGCGGGAGCGGGAGAUGCGCGAGAGGGAGCUGCGGGAGCGCAUGAAGCCCGGCUUCGAGAUGAAGCCGCCGGAGAUGGACGGCAUGCACCCCUCCACCAACCCCAUGGAGCACUUUGCCCGCCACGGGGCCAUCAGCCUGCCCCCCAUGGCCGGCCCUCACCCCUUCGCCUCCUUCCACCCGGGCCUCAACCCCCUGGAGCGGGAGCGACUGGCGCUGGCCGGCCCCCACGGCCGGCCUGACAUGAGCUACCCCGAGCGCCUGGCGGCCGAGAGGCUCCACAUGGAGCGGGUGGCGUCGGUGGCCAACGACCCCAUCGCCCGGCUGCAGAUGUUCAACGUCACGCCGCACCACCACCAGCACUCGCACAUCCACUCACACCUCCACCUGCACCAACAGGACCCACUCCACCAAGGUGGUGGCGAAUGCCUUGUGUGUCCUCCAGGUUCCGGGGGCCAUCCGCUAGCGAUGGACCCCCUGGGAGGAGGACCCCACUUGGCCCGCUUCCCCUACCCACCCGGUGCCAUCCCCAACUCCCUCAUGGGCCAGCCGCAGCACGAACACGAGAUGCUGCGUCACCCCGUCUUCGGGACCCCCUACCCCCGGGACCUCCCGCCCGGCCUGGCGCCGCCCAUGUCAGCGGCCCACCACCUGCAGGCCAUGCACGCCCAGUCGGCGGAGCUGCAGAGGCUGGCCAUGGAGCAGCAGUGGCUCCACGGGCACCACCACAUGCACGGGGGCCCGCUGCCUGGCCAGGAGGACUACUACAGUCGACUGAAGAAGGAAAGCGACAAGCAGCUGUAAGGCCCGCCCCCCCCGUUUCCCUGAGGGGGGAGGAGCCUGACUGACAGACACGGAAGGACGUUGUUACGUACUGGUCUGGGGAGGGAGGCGAGAGCUCCUUUGAACACACAUUCAGUCACCAAGCGCAGAGCGGACGAGCGGAUCGUCUGAGAACUGUUUGUUUCGGCUUACGUUCCUGUCCAUGGACCUUUUUUUUUUUCAAGACAUUGACUUUCUUUUGGUAUAUAGCCAGUAGUAACAACAUUCUCAAGGCUCCUGCAUGACAAACUUCCUUGACAUUUUUUGUAGGUGCUAGAACAAGACACUGUGCUUAUCAAUGACAACCACGAAAAAUAUUUUAAAAAAAUGAGACCGGUCAGACAGUUUAUGGAAAAUAUACAAGUGCUAUUCUUAAAUUCAACAUUUAUUUUAAUACAUUGUUGGGUUUUUUCAUAAUUUUAAGAAAAGCUACAGCAUGGCAUUUCUGAGUCUGUAAAUAGUAUAUAUAAACAUAUAAUUAUUAUUAUAAUUAUUAUUAUUACUACUAGGUGUGGACUCCAACCCAAGUCGUCUCAGCCUCCAGUACAUUUGUUUUUUUCGAAGCAUUAUCCCUUGUUUCAGAGGGGAGAACCAAGGCAUUACACAGGCAGCCAACCUUUUUAUUGUUGUCCUAUUCCCACCCCCCACUGCGAGAGUCAUGAUUCAAUGUGGACUUAUCUCGUUCAUCCAUCCAUCAACUGGUCCAUCACACACCACAUUGCGAGAGGCACCAGAGUGUCAGACCGGGCGAACUCAGCGUGAGUUAAACUGAAUUGAAAACACUUGAAAAGGUGACGCUGUGGUCACCGGGGUGCCUGUGACAUACACCCCGGGGCCCGACGGGGGAGGAGAGAAAAGACAAAUUGCACUGACAGAACAUCUUUGACCUCCAUCCAUUGGAUUCCAACGCUUCACUCAUAGAGCUGAGAAAUGUGCCGCCACACGUUUUAAUUUCGGACCGAACUGAGGGGUUUACGAGAGGGUUACUCCUCCGGGUCCUUUUAACGCCUGUUCUAUAGAAACAGAUUUUAACAUUUCACCACAACUGCAACUGGAGCCCUAUAAGACAUUUCAGAUGGCUUGGUCCUCAGCCAGUGCCAUAAGACAUGGUGUUGCUCAAACCAAGUUCUGUAUUACGGUUCCCGCCGUCAUGCUUCAUCCUCCAUCCCUGGCUGUUGACUGUGACACUACGGAGCAGAGGGCGGGUGGAGGGUUGUGUCCCCUGCACCCAGGACCCCCAAGAGAGGGACCACCGGCCUCGUCCAUUCCUCUGUGGAGGAUGUGUUGAGCCUGCGUGUGUGUAUGCGUGUGUGUAUGCGUGUGUGAGAUCACUGACUGUUACAUGUAUGCUCACCUGUCAACCCAGUAUGUGUACGCCCAUGUGUGAUUUCUCUCCGGGCUCCCUGCCUUAGCAUACGUAACAAGGUUUUUGGUGGUCCUUGCGUUGUUUGUGCUAUGCACCAAGAACUAGUUAUCUUACUUUUAUACUUUAUAUUGAUACCCGGUAAACUGUGGCUACACUCGUUUUUUUAUUAUUAUCGUUUAUCCGUGAACGCGUACAGAGGUAGGGCUCUUAUGUUUGGAAGAUAUCACACUAUCUAACGUGUCUGGAAGCUUGCGGACGUAGGCCAGCUUAUGUCCCUUAAUAAUUAAGUCUGGCAAGCCCUGAGAGAAUCUGUUUGUCACUUCAUCUCAGUCAUCAUCUACCCGUCUCUCUCUCUCUCUCUCUGUGUCUCUUUCUCUCUGUCUGUCUGUCUCGAUGUCUCUCUCUCACUAUGUCUGUUUCGAUGUCUCUCAUUAUCCUUCCUGCCUCAACCCCCCUGCCUUCCAAGUCCCUCUUUUCGUGUCUCCAAGAAGCUUUGAUGUUAAGUGUUGUCAAUGGUUUAGCUUCUUGUUUCAAAGCGGCAAUAGCAGAAUGUAAAUUCUGACUGCUAAGAUUUAUAUAUAUACUGGUUAUCUUGAAGCUUAUUGUACAUACUAGUAGUUGCCAUGGGAUGACACAAUGUAAACAAAAAGUAGAAAUAAUAAGAACAAUUGUGAGUCCUGUGUUCUCUCCAUUUGAGUAUUUUGUAUUUUUUUUUGGAAAAAUGUGUGGAAUUAAAAUAAAUGACUAAGUUACACCACA